AUGGCUCCACGUGUCUCAAGAAAACAAAAGAUCACCAAGACUUUUACCGUUGAUGUUUCAUCUCCAGUAGAAAAUGGUGUUUUUGACUCAGCUGCCUACUCAAAGUAUCUAAUCGAUCAUAUAAAGGUCGAUGGUACAGUUGGUAACUUGGGUAAUGCCAUAAAGAUUGAAGAAGAUGGUUCUAUUGUUUCUAUUGUUUCUACUACUAAAUUCUCUGGUAAGUAUUUAAAAUAUUUAACAAAGAAGUACCUAAAGAAGAAUCAAUUAAGAGACUGGAUCAGAUUUGUUUCAACUAAGCAAAAUAGUUACAGAUUAGCUUUCUAUCAAGUUACACCAGAAGAAGAUGAAGAGGCAGAAUAA